AAUGGAUUAUCAGAUUAUCCUCAAAAAAGAAGUUGUAAUUCCAAAAAUUUUUUAGAUAAUAAUAAUUCUAUUUUAAAUAAAGAUCAAAUAACAAAUAUUGAUGUUGGAAUUCAAGUAAUAAUAGAUAGUGAUUAUGAUCUUUUAAUACAAAUCGAUGUAUUAAAAAAUUCUUUAGCUAAUAUUGUAACUGAUCAUGCCUAG